AUGGUUGAUUCAUUAAGUCAUUUAGCCUCAGCAUUAGAAUCUGCAAAAUCAAUUACAAAGGAGGCGGCAGCUAUAGUUUCCUCUAAAUUAGGAGAAUCUUCUUAUACGCAAUACUCUCAAGGCUUAAGCAGUGACCAGUUAUCCACAUUUUUAAAUUCAAGAAAUAAUAGGGAAGUUAAGGAUGCUAUGAAAAGGAUCAUAUCUGUUAUUGCCUCAGGUGAAACAUCAUUAGAUGUAGAAUAUUUUUUUGCGGAUGUGUUGAAAAAUGUUACAUCUAGUGACUUGAAAGUAAAGAGACUGGUGUACAUCUAUCUUUUAAGAUACGCGGAAAGGAAUCCAGAAUUAGCAUUAUUAUCAGUAAAUUCUAUUCAAAAAUUGUUAAAUAAUAGUGAUCCAGAAUUAAGAUGUUUUGCUAUUAAGGCCUUAACUGAUAUUAAGAUUCAAUCAUUGACACCCAUCAUUAUGCUUAGUCUAACAAAGGCAGUUUCAGAUCCUUCUCCAUUGGUACGUGCUGAGGUUGCCUAUGGAUUGUUGAAAUUAUAUAGAUGGCAAACUUCGACAAACAAUGAUAUUGAAGAUUAUUCUGGAACAAUUGAAAUAUUAUUGACAGAUUUAUUGGCAGAUUCAGAAUCUAGAGUAAUUUCUGCAGCUAUUAUUUUAUUUCAAAACGCAUUUGCUUCUAGAUUAGAAUUGUUGCAUGGACAUUUUAGAUACUAUUGUAAAAUAUUAAGACACUUAGAUGAAUGGUCACAUCCAAGUUUAAUUCAACUAUUGACCAGAUAUUGCAAAAAGUUUGUUCUAAGCCCAGUUAUAUUUGAUCCAUCAACUAACACAAAUCAAUCAUUGUCAAGGGAAUUAGCCUCUUUAGCUGUAAUACAAGAUAUUGAAAUGGAUGCAGACCUGUCUCUCUUUUUACAAAGUUUGUUACCUCUUCGAUAUUCUCCAAAUCCUUUAGUUAUCAUUUCAUGUUGCAAUGCCUUUUAUCAAUUGUCCACUAUUUCUAAGUUGAAAGAAUCUCAAUUUCUUGAGGCCUUAUAUAGAGCAUAUGUUGUUACAGAGACAGAGGGCAUAAAAACUACAAUUUUGCAAUCAAUCUUGUUAUUUUCUCAUAUUGAUAAAACAAUAUUUGAAAAACAUAUAUAUAAUUUUUUUCUUUUACCGGAUGAUAAAGGGCAAGUUGCUUCAUAUAAACUGGAAAUUAUAAGUGAAUUAGUUAAUAAACAUAAUGUUAAACGUGUUCUUCAUGAAUUAAAGUAUUAUAUCCUUCAUUCAUUUGUGGAAUCAAUAGUAGUGACAUCUGUGGAUAUGUUAAUCUCUUUGGCUCAAAUCUCACUUGAAUUAGAAAAUCAUAUCUUGAAAUGGUUGAUUCGAGUUAUGGAAUCAACAACACUAUUACCAAACAUAUUAGAUCAUUUUAUUAUUGUUAUUCGAAAAUUAAUUAUUGUUAACCCAUUGAAACACAUGAAGAUACUUCUAAAAUUGGCUGAUUUAUUAGAGACACAUCCUGAUUUAGCAGAUAAUGCAAGAGCAGGCUUAAUAUGGUUAUUUGGUGAAAUGACUACGGUUGAAUUUAGAAUAUGUCCAGAUAUUUUAAGAAAAUUAGUACCAACAUUUUCUAAUGAGGAAGUAGAAAGCAGAAAUGCAAUUUUAUUAUUUGCUGCUAAGCUAUUAUCUUGUGAGAUCGAUAGGCAGAUUCAGCUUGAAAGUAGCUUUAAUAGUAAUGAAUCUUUGAUUGCAAAGAUGUACGAUGAAAUUAUCUAUUUAGCCAAAUUUGAUGAUGAUUACGAUAUUAGAGACCGUGCCCGGUUUAUUGCAUCUCUUUUUGAUUCUGGUAAAUAUGAAAUUGCUACAUUAUUAUUUCAAACUCCUAAACUAAUAGCAGAUUUUAAUAUUGUUAAAAAUGAUCCUAAUAUGGGAGAAUGUGGUUAUUUAAUAGAAUCUAGUGUUAGAGAGUAUUUUGAUUAUAUUCCUUGGAAUGAAGAUUUGAAAGUUGAAGAGGGGGUUGAUAUUAGAGAACCACUGCCAUUAAAAGAAUACAAUAGAUUUGAAAAGAGUAUUUCUUCUGCUUCCUUCAUUAGUAAAGAUAAUAUGUCAAGAUCAGUUAAUAGCAACAGUAUUACAGUUGGUGAUGGUGUUGAUAUGAAUAAUCAAUUUACUUCAGGUAAUGGUGGAAAUAUGAGAAUAGGUUCGAUUACACCUAAGUACAAAUUACAAAGUUUAGAUGAAUUCUUUUCGGAUAUUCCAGAACAAGUAAAUACAAGAAAGUCUAAAUCUAAAAGGACUGUUAUUAUUGAAGAAGAUAGUUCUUCAGAAGAGGAGACUACUUCUGAAGAUGAAGGAGAUAAUAAUGAAGUAGAUGAUACGACUUCGGAGACAUCGUCAGAUGAUACUGAUUCUAGUGAUAAUGUUAUGUGA